AAUUAUAAAUACGCCAACAAAUCUAUAAAGAUCGCUAUGUCUUGUUUUUGUGUCUAUCCAUUCCAUUUCUUUCCAACACACACUUUCUCUCUCUAUCUCUCUCUCUCUCUCUCUCUGGUUGUCUUUCAUUUUGUUCAUUGUUGUUGAUGAUGUCACGCGCCGCCGUGUUAUUACACGCGCAGGAGGAGGAGGAGGAGGAGGAGGAGGAGUGUAGUACUUCGACGUCGUCGUCGAUCGGGAGGAACAGCGACGUGUCGUCGGAGAGAUCAAUGGAGGAAGGAGAAAACGAGGUGGAAAGUGCCUACCAUGGACCUUUGCAUGCCAUGGAAACUUUGGAAGAGGUUCUUCCCAUCAGGAGAGGCAUCUCGAACUUUUAUAAUGGUAAGUCUAAGUCAUUCACAACCCUGGCUGAUGCAGUGUCUUCCCCAUCAGUGAAAGACAUAGCAAAGCCAGAGAAUGCAUACACCAGAAGGCGUAGGAACUUGAUGGCAUUGAACCAUGUCUUGGACAAGAAUAAUAGAAACUACCCUCUAAGAAGCAGUGGUGGUGGCAUUUGCAAGAGAUCAAUCAGCUUGAGUAGAAGUUCUCUAGCUCUUGCAGUUGCCAUGAACAACUCCGACAGCAGUAGUAGUAUCACAAGCGAAGAUUCCGGUUCCAGCUCGAAUUCGUUACACUCUCCCUCUCCUCUACCGCCUCUCCAUCCCCGAAAUAGAGUGUCUUCUUCUUCCGGCUCAGGUCCAUCCUCUCCUUUGUUGCGGAAUUUCUCUCCCUGGAGAUCAUUUUCCGUGGCUGAUCUACAGCAGCAUUGUGCCAUUGCUGCAACAAUAAAGAUUUCAAGUCCCUCCGUUGGAAAUAAAACAGCUCAUCCAUCAUAGUAAAAAAAAAAAAAAACAAAGAGGAUAACAAACUAUAUGUUAUUAACUUUUAGCUUAUUUGAAUGAAUAUCUUGCUCUAGUCCUAUUUGUUUGAGGGAGCAAAAACUUGUAGAAGCAAUGCCUUUACGUACGUACGAUCACUUCAGAUUAACUUCCGUAAGAUAUGAUGAUAUGCCUGGCCCUUAAUUAGAGCAUUUAA